GGCAUUUGAGGGCGAAGGUGGUUCGUCGCGAAUAAAAAUUUUCUAAGUGUUCUAUACCCAAAAAAAAAAAAAAAAAAAAUUAGAUUCUUGUGACAAAGGCCGUGUGAGUGGGUGCAUGUGUGUGCUAACUAAUAGCACUUUAAACUAAUUCCUUUUUGCGUCGCGUAAUUUAACACAUAAUUUUGCUGCAACAAGCUGGAAGGCAGGUGAGUCUUGGCUAGACAGAGUUUUUCAUUUUUUCUCAUUCAUUUUCGGGUGAAGUGCUAAGGAAUAAAUUCCAUAGUGCCUGUUAGAAAGAAAAGAAAGCCGCCUCUUAAGGUGGGCAAGGAUAGAAACGCCAAGAUGGCGUCGUCGACUUCGUGGUCGGCGAUGCCUGAGGCAGAGGCUUCUGCAUUUGAGGGCAGUGCGCUGAAAAGACCAAAAGUUUUGGACAAUAGAGAUGAGACAAAUUUCUAUGAGCUCGCCAGCGGUGGAGGGCUCAUUCAGAUUAAACCCAGAGGUAGUGCGAAAAAUAACGUGUGUCCUGAAAAGGGCGGGAAAAAUUCAGAAAAUGAUGAAAAUGGCGGGAAAAAUGUAGAAAAAUCCAGGAAAGGCGGGAAAAGUUUGGAAACAGUAGGUAGCAUGGAAUGUGAGAACCUUCCAGAAAAUGAACAGUUGCAAGAAGCACAGUUAGCUGUAGUUAACGAAAAUGAACAAGCAAGAGGAAAAGAAAACGAAAACGCACAAAAGACAGUGAUGUACCCGCAUACAUUUAAGGGGGAGAUUUUUGUUUUAGUUGAUUCCUCUGAAUGCCCCAAUAUUAAAAACGAAAAAAUUACCACAGGGUUAACUCUGCUAAGUCAAAUAAAAGACAUGCGUCACAAAGAUGUUGAAUUCAUUUAUGCCUUGGGUAAAACACUAUACAAAGUAACUUUUAAAAACACCUAUGCAGCGAACACAUUCGUGCUCGAUGACAAACUUCCGAAAAGAGGCCUUAAACCUUUCAUUCCUCGCACUGCACUCGAAAUAUACGGUGUAGUUAGGGGCGUACCCACAUGUUUCAGUGACUCAGAUUUCUUAAAUAAUGCUAUAUCCAGCAUCCCUAUCAGGUCGGUCAGACGCUUUACGCGCAAGGACCCUGCAACCAAUGAAUACGUUCCAAUUACCACAUUAAAAAUAGGCUUUUCGGGCAAUGAGAUCCCCAAGCAAAUCAUAUAUGAAUAUACAAAGCUGGAUGAGGUUAAUUGGCUACAACAUGAUUAA